UCUGGUCUCAACCUGUGUGUGAGUUGGAGGAGUGAAGUUCUUGGUUCUGUCUCUUUGGGAAGUGCUUCCUACCCCCUCUCUGCUUCUUUAGAGAGCUUAGCCGGCUCUUCCUCUCUCAGUGGUGUCAGCUUAGUGGAGCAAGAAGAUCUUGACAGGCAUGACGAGGAGGAUGAACAAGAACAAGUUAACCAUUAGAGCGCUUUGAUUGCAGAUGUAGUAAGCCUCUCUGUAUCUACUUCAAGCUCAUCGUGUAUUCAAAUAUUUUUCAUGAAAGAAUUGGUGAAUAUUAAGUGUUCAAGAUUAAGAAUUCGAAUGUGCAGAUUGUUUUUGUUCAAUAAGUAAUUUGUUGGUUUCAAAUUUAGCGUCAAAAUGACGUCGUUUAAGAUUUGUGAAUAUUUUUGGGCUGCCAUGCCCACACCUUAGUUUUAUAUGUGGGCUAAAAUACCCAACGAAACAUUAGAAAAAUAUUAGGUUUUUUUUGGGUUGG